UCGUCCAUCUUCUGAUCAGCACAAAGGAAAGGAUGGCGAUUUCCAGGGCCCUGACCCACAUGAACUUUCCCCAUGGCGCUUAUUUCCACGUGGGAGAAAGAGGGGUGUCCCCAGAAGCCCAAAAAGUUGCCCUGGGAGCCAGGCAUCCUGCCUGCCAUGGCCUGGGACUCCUGGGCCUGGGGCCUUACUGAUGCCAUCUGCCUUGGAGUGGGACCUGGUACUGGCACCCAGCAAGAAGAGGGCAGGGUCCCUUUAAGCCCAGCCUCACUCCCUCGGCCUGUUGCUAUGUACGGGACCAGCUUCCUUAGCAACCACCUGGCCUCUUCCUGGGGCCUGGAGCCCUGGUUGCCAUCAGCCAUGGCUCCCAAAAAGAGUGUGAGCAAGGCAGGCAAGGAGCUUGAAGUCAAGAAGAAAGGGGGCAAGAAGGAGCCGGUGGUGGCCGUGGAGCCGCCUCUGGCCAAGGAGAUGAAGGAGUUCUACCACAUCCAGAUCCGAGACCUGGAGGACCGGCUGGCCCGGUACCAGCGGAAGUGGGAUGAGCUGGCUGUGCAGGAGAAGCUGUUCCGCCAGGAGUUUGAGCAGCUGGCCAAUAACAAGAAGGAGAUUGUGGCCUUCCUCAAGCGCACGCUCAACCAGCAGGUGGAUGAGAUCACAGACCUCAACGAGCAGCUCCAGAACUUGCAGCUAGCCAAAGAGAUGGAGAAGGAUGCCUUCGAGGCGCAGCUGGCCCAGGUGCGCCACGAGUUCCAGGAGACCAAGGACCAGCUCACCACGGAGAACGUCAUCCUUGGGGGGAAGCUGGCAGCCCUGGAGGAGUUCCGGCUGCAGAAAGAGGAGGUCACGGACAAGUUCACAUUGCUGGAGGAGCAGGUGCGGAAGCAGGAGAAUGAGUUCAGGGACUAUGCAUACAACCUGGAGAAGAAGUCGGUGCUGGACAAGGACAGACUGAGGAAAGAGAUCAUCCAGCGCGUGAACCUCGUGGCCAAUGAGUUCCACAAGGUGACCACGAACCGGAUGUGGGAGACAACCAAGCGGGCCAUCAAAGAGAACAACGGCAUUACCCUGCAGAUGGCCAGGGUCUCCCAGCAAGGCAUGAAGCUGCUGCAGGAGAAUGAGCAGCUCAAGGGAAGACAGAACAAUCUGUGCAAACAGCUGGAGCUGCUGGAGAACACCCAGAAGGUCAUGGCCAGGCACAAAAGAGGCCACCAGAAGAUCAUCCUCAUGCUGACUAAGAAGUGCCAGGAGCAGCAGCAGGACACCAAGGAGGCCGAGGAGCUGCACCUCCUGCUGAGCCAGUUGGAGCAGAGAUCCCUGCAGCUGCAGGUGGACAACCAGGCACUGAAGAGCCAGAGAGACCAGCUGAGCCUGCAGCUGGAGCAGCAGCAGGUGGAUUUGCAGCGGCUACAGCAGGAACUGGCUAAUGAGCAGAAGGUUCGGGCCAGCCUGGAGGCGGCUCUGGUCCAGGCCACCUCCUUCCUACAGAAUAUUCUGCAGAUGCACCGCGAUGAAGAGGACAGCGACUUUGACGUGACGUUCCAGCCAUGGCACAAGGAGAUGCUGCAGCAACUGCUGGUCAUGCUCGGCUCCACUGUGGCCACGAGACCUCAGAAGGCUGUGUGUCCCCACCGGGAGUCACAGUCCCAUGGCCCACCCAAGGAGAGCCGGCCCGGCAUCCAGCUGCCCAGGACUGGGUCUCUGCUGCCGCAGCUCUCUGACAUCACCCCCUACCAGCCGGGGGAUCUAGGCCUGGUACCUCGCCAGGUCCACAUCCCACCCAACCCCCAGGACCUCAGGCUGCUGUCAUAUAUCACCCGUGUGGGGACCUUCCGGGCACACAGCAGCCCUGAGAGUCUCACUCUGUCACCCAGACUGGAGUGCAGUGCCACAAUCUCAGCUCACAGCAACCUCCGCCUCCCAGGUUCAAGUGAUUCUCCUGCCUCAGUCUCCCAAGUAGCAGGGAUUACAGGCAUGCACCACCAUGCCCAGCUACUUUUUGUAUUUUUAGUAGAGACAGGGUUUCACCAUGUUGGCCAGGCUGGUCUCGAACUCCUGACGUCAAGCAAUCCCCCAGCCUCGGCCUCCCAAAGUGCUGGGAUUAUAGGCGUUAGCCACUGCACCCGGCCUCCAAGCCAGCAUCUUUAAUCUUACAGAUGCGUGCCCCUGGUUCUCUAAAAAGGCUUGAAAAGUUUAGUCUUCCUGAAGUUCCCCUACGUCCCAAGUAGGACACAGAGAGAAGAACCUACUCCAGAAAUGGACUGGUCCAGUCACAGUCACCCCCACUUUAAUCCGCAGGCAGCCUGGAACAGUCUAGAGGAGAUUUGUAUAAAAAGUAGAUACCAA